UCGCUAAAGAAUGCGUUUCAUAGUCCCUCAUCAUCGACUGCAGUAUCUCCUGUAGGAUCUCCAACUCGAACGACAAUUCAGCAAAGUCCCAUUCGUAACAUUAGUGUACCACCUUCACCGAGAGAAAAAUCACGUUCACUUUCUAUCGAUUCAAGAUCAACAGCAAUAUCUCGCCGUAAUUCAUCGGUACAAUUAAAAAGUGAUAAUAAUCUUAUAGGUAGUCACAGUGUUGCAACUCCAUAUCUUCAACCUCAAAAUGAUUAUAUACUAUGCCGUAUUUGUGAGGAAAUGAUUCCUAAUUAUGAAAUGACCGCACAUUCUGAAACUUGUGCCAUCACGACUGAAUAUGCAUUUAAAUUAAAAGAAUGUGAUGGUAGACUUAGUAGAUUAGUUGGCGAUGUUUCGAAACGAAAGGCUGAACUUAUAGAAAAAAACCCAUCUUUCCAAGAUUAUUAUAACAUAAAAGAUGCCGAAUUAAUGGAACAAAUCGGAUUAAA